GAUCUAACAACUGCUGACGUUUUGUGAACGUAGCUUACUGGUCUAGCGAUCAGUUCAGUGUCAGUGUGCUGUCCAUAUAAAUUGAGUGCUGUUGAGACUGGAGUUGUGAUCAUGGACUCCUUAGAAGAAGAGAUGUCCAGAUUUGAGCAAGAGGUACUUGGGGCCACAUCGUCCAAACCUCGUCCAUUAAUGGGUACCAAGCCCUCCCCUCUGAUGUCGGUCGCCCAGAGACCAGCUGACAAUACUCCGAGACCCCUCCUCCCUCCCGGACAGCUGAGCAGUGCACCGAAGCCGCUUAUGCCUGCCACUCAGUCUGGAUUUGUUCCUCGACAAGCCCUCAAGUCAGCUGGGCCACCUGUUAGACCUCUCAUGGGAGUCAAUAGCAGUCAUUCUGAGGGCCAGGGGCUGCCCCCUCAAAUGCUACAAGGGGGACCACCAAGACCCCCCGGACACAUGCCACCCCCUGGACACAUGGGACCCCCCGGACACAUGGGAUUUCCUCCCCCUGGAAUGGGUCCACCACCAGGACAGCAUCCAAUGUAUUCCCCGGCUCCUGUCCAUCCCCAUCCACCACAGAUGCAGCAGUACCCUCCUCAAAUGCAGAUGCAUUCUGGCUCAAUGACUCCUCUCAAUCCGAUGGCCAUUGCUCAAGCUGUAGCCGGGGCAACCGGUUCCUCAGGAAUGUCAGUACAUACAGCGACUAUGUCUGGGAUGGGUGCUAGUCUCCUUCCAGUCCCGCCCAUGCCUCCUAAGAAGGGUCUGGUGGGGAAGGUCAAAUCUGACCCCAAGAAGCUGCGUAUGGGCGGGGGGAAGGUGUGGGAGGACACCUCAUUGGACGACUGGGACCCGAAUGAUUUUCGCAUCUUUGUUGGUGACCUUGGUAACGAUGUGAAUGACGAUACACUGGCUAGGAGCUUCUCGCGAUUUCCCUCUUUCCUCAGGUCUAAAGUAAUCAGAGACAGGUACUCCAAGAAGACCAAGGGCUAUGGCUUCGUCAGUUUCAAGGACCCCAAAGACUUUAUGAGUGCCAUGAGAGAAAUGAAUGGGAGAUACAUUGGAAACAGACCUGUCAAACUACGCAAGAGCACAUGGAAAGACAGACAAUUACUGGUGGUCAAAAAGAAAGAGAAAGAGAAGAGAAAAUUGGGAUUCAAAUAGCUUAAGAAUUCUUAUUCUAUUUAUACAAUUCCAUGCCAUCACAUAAUUAUAAUAUGAUUCACACUUUCUUUGAAAAAUAUUAUCGUAACAUUUGUAUGCAACUGCACAUCAUAUAAGCCCACAAAAUAAUGUUGUUAACACAA